AGCUAGAUACUUUCUUCAACAAACAGAUUGGUUAUAAAAGGACCAAUCAAUUGCAUGUAAUAUUGUAGCUGUGAGAGAUAGCAAAAUGAGCUUUAUAAAUAAAUUGCUGAAUAUCAUAAUACUCCUUUGUGUAUAUCUCAGCAGGGAUUUUAUUGUGGGAGCUCAAGAAAGAGAGAGUGGAAAAGUUGAUUAUCAUACAAUCCAGCUCAGCUCUCUUUCUCCUUCAUCGUCUUGUGUUCAUUCUUCAAAAGAAUAUGUUACUAAGUCGUCGCUACGCGUGGUGCACAAGCACGGCGCGUGCUCGCCUUUUGGGAGCGGCAAAGCUGUUAAACUCGACCACGCAGACAUCCUCAGACGCGACCAAGCACGAGUGAACUCUAUCCACUCAAAGCAGUCAAAUAAUUUGGGAGACCGACUUACGCAAACCGGUUCCAAAGAUUUACCGGUUAAGGACGAGAUCAAGAGCAAGGAAGAUCUCGGUUCAGGGAGCUACAUCGUGACAAUCGGAAUCGGAACACCUGAACACAGCCAGCCACUGAUCGUAGACACUGGCAGCGAUUUGACGUGGACAAAGUGCAGGCAAUGCGGUAGAUAUACAAGUAUAAAGUGCCACUCCAAAGACAAACUCAUCUUUAACCCUUCCUUUUCUACUUCCUUCGACACAGUAUCGUCUACGUCUCCAGUGUGUAGUGAUCUCAGAUCCGCAGAUAUACAUAGAGAUUGUAGGGCGCCUCGUUGCUGCUACGGAAUCAAGUACACCGAUACUUCGUCCUCUUACGGAUUUCUCGCCAAGGAGAAGUUUACCGUAACAAGCGCCGAUGUCUUCGACGGCAUUCACUUCGGUUGCAGUGAAAACGAGGCUAAAAUUAACGGCAAGACUGCUGGAGUUCUCGGCCUUAGCCGCCACGUACUCUCGUUUCCGUCGCAGACGGCUAAAACAUACAAUAAUAUAUUCUCUUACUGUCUCCCUUCUUCCGGCAGAACCGGCCUUCUCACCUUCGGAUCCACCGGAAUCUCUAAAUCAGUCAGGUUCACGCCGAUGAUUACCUUACCAGACACGCCAUACUUAUAUGGUCUUGAUAUCGUAGGCAUCACGGUCGGAGGUAAGAAACUGGAGAUUCCAUCAACCGUUCUCUCAAAACCCCGUGCUAUAAUCGACUCGGGCACCGUGAUCACUCGCCUCCCUCCCAAGGCUUAUGCGGCACUGCGAAGCGCGUUUAAGGAAAAUAUGAGGAACUACACGACUACGUCAGGGGUAGAACUUUUGGACACUUGUUACGAUCCCAAAGGUUUCGACACGAUGGCUGUCCCGAAAGUUUCCUUCUCCUUCCGCGGCGGCACCACGGUUGAGCUUGGCUUAAAUGGGAUUUUGUAUCCGUAUGAUGCAUCGCACGUUUGCUUGGCGUUUGCAGGCAAUGACAACGAUGGUGUAUUCGCCAUCUUUGGAAGUGUUCAGCAAAUGACGCUACAAGUUGUGUAUGAUAAGGCGGGAGGACGGAUCGGGUUUGCUCAGAAUGGUUGUAGUUAAAAUGAGAAAACGAAAUUAAAAUGGUUACACUUAAUUUAAGGAUUUAGCACACAAAUUAUAUUUUUAUUAUUACUAGAAAACAGUGCGUAAAUGCUCGGGAAUAGUAAACUUUUACUUUUUACUUUUUUA